AGCGAACGACACAUGAUGAGAUGUCUUUGUCUUUUUAAAUUUUGAACGUGAAAAUACUAGAUAUCAGAGAUAAAAUCUAGGAAAUCAUUGGAAAUCAUUUGUGCAUUUCAUAAUGGACAUCAUACUAUUUUGGCAGACGGUGUGGGAAGUUGUUCGUCUUCCUAUCCUCUCUCUCGGAAUAAAGAGACAGAAAGCGGAUGCAAGCGCCAGCCAAAAAACCAACAGCGCAGUACUUUGCAGCACACUUCCGGAUUUGUCGUCGCAUUUCUUUCUACUCAGACUGCAAUUCUUCUUUGAUAGUUAUAACCGGCGAGGACCUAAAAAUACCCAGAAGCCACAACGAUGAUGAUGAGAAGAAGGUAGUAUAUCCUACUUCAAAAAAAAACAAAAAGAUCUAAGACUGUAAUUAGCGGUGUAGCCCUUGGUUGGAUGGAUGGAAAAAAUCCGGGUGUGUGUAUCAAACAAAAGAACAUAAUGGGAUGACAUAUAUCCCCCCUCCCCCCGUCAUUCCAUCUCUUCUGGGAAUGUUGCAAAACAAAACAGCACCAAGGCGAAAAAGAGAACCAGCAGAAACUUUGCUUGAUAGUGCUGCAGUAGUCGUUUGGUGGGAGUGACUUAUCCAUCCACCGGAGAAAGAGAGAGAGAGAGUGAAGAGAGCCGCCCACACGAUCUGCACCAAUGUGCAUUCUGUGCUGCACAGUGUAUGUCUAUCCCCCCUCUCUCUCUAGCUCUGCCUUUCUAGCAUAGAGACAUAAGUCUUAUGACGUCGCUACAGCAGCAGCAGCACCCAAGGUGUAUAGGUUUUUAUAGACGCACUAUACGUCCCGCCGGUUGUGUAUAAAGCUCAGUUGGUCAUCAAAGACGUACGUUCACUCCAUCCGAGUCUGUCUAGUGUGUUGCAUCGUCGUCCUCCUCCAGUCGUCGUACACUUAAAACAACAACAACUCUCUCUUAUAUUCCCUCCACAGUUUUCCCUGGUACAUCAUUUCUGUAUUGGGUUUCAACGCGGUUCACAUUCCCUCCCAAGUGAUUCUUCUAUUGAGGGAAGGAGGGAGCAGGUUUUUAUUUAAGAUCCGGUGGUGCCAAUUCCGAUUCGGAGGACAAUUAUGAAGUCGACACUGCGCCUCACGGUGGUGAUUGCGUUCACCUUGUUGGCGCUGGGCGCACGGGCCCUGCCGACGCUCGACGACGACUACGACGAGGAGGAGCUGCUCAUCUCGGAGGCCCUGAAGGGCAGCGUCGAAGAAGCUUCGACGGCGUCCAACAGGCGGCUGUCUACCGGCGGCCGCGGCGGCUCUUCGCAAAAGAGCCAAAGGGUGUUGUUGUCGUCCGGCGAAGAUGAGCAGCUGAUUAGCAUCCCGCCCGUCCUCGUCACUAAUUGGGGACUGGCCUUGGUCGAUGGAGCUGAGAUUAAGAAAGUGCUGGACGAGGAGAACGACAUUGGCAUCUCGUUUGAGGAGCUCAGCCAAUUCCAACUGGAAUUCGGCAAGAGAACGGACAACACCAAAAAGCGAAAGGGCAACUUUUUCAAUCCGCCCGGAUCACAAGUGAAGCCGAGCAAUUUCAAGGAUCAAGUCAAGACUAUCAUUCGCACUAAACCCAAGGCUAAGCUCAACAUCACGGAGGCCGGACUCUUGGAAGAGACGGCCGUCAUCCGCCAGCCGCAAUUCCUACGCAAAAUCAACGACGGAGGAUCCAACACGGCCGCAGUCAACGAAUUGAAGGCCGUCGAGACCGAGAGCAUCAAGCCCACGGUUGUUGUUGUACAAGACAAGGAUGAUUCCAGCGAAUUUACCAAGUUCCUCGGCUCAGAUGACGUCACAACAACAACAACAACUACAACUGAAAAUCCAUCCACUUUGUUCCCGACUUUCCCUCGUAACCGAGUCAGAACGACAACACCAACAACAACAACAACAACAACAAUUUCACCAACGACUGUGGAAAUCCGUACAGAUGCCCCGAGUGUUGCGGAAGAAGCUGCUGCCGAGACGACGACAGCCGAAUCCGUGCCAACAACCACUUUCUCGGUAGUCACCGAGCCUGUGACGUCCACCACCCGGUUCCCACCUCGCAGCAGCACUCCAAUGAGUCCGUCCGUUUUCGCUCGUAGCUCAUUCUCACCCAUCGCUUUUGCCUUGACGACGGAAGGCACCACCGUGCCGUUGACGACUGUCGAGUCUGUAACAACCGAGGCGGGAACAACAACAACAACUUUAGCCCCGACCACUGUGGAUAGUGAUGAUGACGACGAAACUGAUGGGCCGGAAGAUCCGGAAACCAUUUCAGAGGCGACCAUCGUCAACAGUUUCGAAUCGAGCCGAGAGGGAGGCACUGGACGUGUCAAAGAGACUGGAUCCAGGUUGUUUGGUUCAGGCAGAGUCCGUUCCACCACAACAGCGGCGCCGACAACUACAACAACAACAUCGGCAUCGGAUCCAGUUGUGAGCAUCCGGUCGGAAGUGACACCCUCCGAGACGACGACGGAAGUUCCAUCGACAACCGAAACUUUGGUCGUUAGUUCAACACAAGUCCCUGCCACCGCCUCGGUCGUUGUGACCGAUUCCACCGUCGAUCUUACCAAGCCAUUCACUUUCACUAUCGUCACUCCGGAGAAGACGACCGUGACCAUCACCAGGACUCCGCCGCCGCUAUCCAGUUCUUCGAAAUCGACUCCGAGUGUCACCGCUGAGGCCUUUGCGGCCGCCGUUUCGGCUUCCAUCAACGGAGGAGGAUCGACCACCACUGCAACUCCUCCGGUUGUCAAAACAGCUCCAGUCAACAGCAGAAGCCGAGUCCGUCCAGUGACUGGCAACCGAGCCGAGCAAAUUAUUCGCACGAUCGGUAGCGUUUUCGGUAGCCAAAAUGCCAACGCCAACAACGCCGCUGGAACCAACACCAAUUCUUCCUCGCGUCGGACUCGGCCCAUCAAUCGCAACAUUUUCAACACUGCCACCGACGCCACAGCGGCGUCGACAACUACCACGGAGUCGAUCACAACAACCAGUGAACCCAUUACCAUUAGAGCUGAGACCGUCAUCAACAACUCCCGGCGUACUAGGCCCAACAAUCAGGUCACUACUGAGCCAACAACAACAACAACGACAGUGAAAUCAGUCGAAGAAGUAGACAAUCAGCUCUCGGUUACCACCCCGUCGUUUACCAACAACCGAAGAAGGCCCAUCUCGACGACAACAACGGAAAGCUCUGCUGUCACCACUACGACAACCGAGUCGGUCAAAAGUGACACUUCCGGUGAAUCGCUUGACGAUAUUAUCAGCAUUGACGCCGAUUCGAUAGUCAACAAACGAGUUCGACCCAUCAACAGGAACCUUUUCAACACUGUCACCAACCCGACAACUACCACAACAACAACCACCGAAGCUGCCCAGACGACAGUCGAAUCUGUCACUGAGACUCGACCAACGACAACCGGAACACCAAGGACCAGACCCUCGGCUAUUCGAUCAACCACAGAAUCGAUUUUCGACUCGUUUUUCACGACGACAGUCGAUUCCGACGUUUCAUCCGAAUCGACCAGCACGGACAGCGUCAUUGCGACUACGUUCCAAGUGGAAUUGAAAGUAGCGGACGUCACAACUGCACAGCCAACCACCACAACUGAACUACCCAAAAGUUCUACCACAGUUGAACCUUCAACAACGACAACUGUGCCCGAGACGUCGCCAGCAACAACUUCAACAGCUGCACCUUCUUCCACUGUCACUGCCGCUCGUGGAGGUAAUCGAAGGAUCGGAGGAGGACGCAGACCCUCACCAGCAACAACAACAACAACAGUUGCAUCCGUCGCUGUUGAAACAAACGACAUUCCGGCCGCUAACGAAGGAGCCCAGUCGUUUGGUGGCAGACGGCCAGGAGGUCUACGCAGGCGACCGCAGUCAAGCACAGCACGAUCAGUGGACGCAAGCCCAGUCGAGAAUCAAGUUCCCUCCGUCUCGCCGUCAGUUUCACCAAUCAAUAACCGACGAAGGCCAACAACAACGACGACCACAACAACAACAACCGAAACCACAACUACUGUUGGCCAAACGACAACGAUCGAGCCGGUUAAGGUAGAAGAAUCCGUCGCAACUACCUCCAAUCCGCAAGAAGAAACGCCAACUGAAGUGAUUGAGAGCGUUCGAGUAACCAAGCCAUCAACAACAACAACCACCACCCAAGCCGCAACCACAGUGGAAAUAACGACCGUCUCUACAACCCCGGUCGUUAGUAGUACAACAACCGAAUCUGCCGCUCCAAUUGAAAGUUCGUCUACCAGCGCAACCGUCGGCCAAUUAGCCGUGGAGGACAGUGUGACCGUAGCAGCGGCGGAAUCCCAAUCAACUGAAACUCCGCGAGGAGGAGUCGUUUCACUUUUUGCUGGCCGGAGGAGAACGACCCAAAGUCCUGUCACAACCACCGCCGCCGUCACAGCUGAAGUCAGUGAAUCGACUUCGACAGCAGCUCCUGCUGCUAUUUCGGUCACUGCCCGUCUUGGAAUUCGGCGAAGGCCGUCUGUUGCCACCACGACUGUUUCACCGAGUAGCACCACCACUGCAUCCAGUGAUGCAUCCAGCUCAACUACGGCCCGUGUUGCUGCCAAUAAUGCCGGUGGUGGGAUAGCUUCACUUUUCGGCGGACGAAGAAGAACAACGGCUACCCCUCAAGUGGUCAGCGAAGCUCCAGUUCAAUCGGCGGAUACCAAUUCCGCUGCAGUGGCUAACAUUAUUAGCGGACGCCGGCCAGGACGACCUACCGCCCGAACGACAACUACCACCACUCAAAGUCCUUUCGUCGAUUCGACUGAAGAGCUUUUGGACGACAAUGUCGAGGAUGAUUUCGGUGUCGUCGACGACGAAGAACUUCUAGACGAUGAAGAGAAUUUCUCUGUUGAAUCGUUCGGCAUUUCGGUGGAUUCUUUCGGUGGUAGGCGGAGACCUUCCAGCACUACUAGCGCCCCAGUCUCGACGACUGGAUUGACGGGUUUGUUGAGCGGAAGACGGCCAGGAGCAGGACGCAGGAUCGACACUAGCAUUCCCAUCGUUCAGAGUCUCGAAGUCACUCAGGCACCAACUGAAGCCCCGGCUGUUGGUGGACUGGCCAGUCUUUUAGCCCGACGACCUGUUGCGAGACCGACAACUACAACCACCGAGGGACCAGCUCUAGUUGAAACGAAUGCCGGAAUCGGAUCAGCUGCAGUUGCCAGCAUCAUUAGCGGGCGACGGCCAGGCUCUGGAACUAGACCAACAACGACAACAACAACAACCACUCCAAGAGCAAUUUCAUCUGACGAUCAAAGCUCAGCAUCCAAUGAUACCCUAGCUGCUAAUAAUAAUGGAACAACCGGAAUUGCCAACCUAUUCGGCGGGCGAAGACCUGGAGCCGGACGAACGACGACUGCGAGAACCCUCACAGAUGUCGCCGUUGAAACUGAAGCCGUUAUUCCGGCAACCGCAGCAGCCAACAGCAGCACUAAUGCGUUGGCUAGUCUCGUGAGUGGUCGUCGACCAGGCGUCCGUCCUACGACAACUACUACUGCCUCACCUAUUGUGGCGCUGGAAACGAACGAUGAAUCCGAAGAGGAAGCCCCAACGACCGUCGACAGCCUCACUGAAGCCACUGAAGCCCCGUCCACUCCCGGUGGAUUGGCUGGCCUUUUGGCUCGUCGUCCGUCAGUCCGAACGACCACGACAACCACAGAAACUCCCGCUAGAACUGAAAGCAAUGCUGGAUCAGCAGCUGUGGCCAGCAUCAUUAGCGGGCGACGGCCAGGAGUGAGGACUACAACUGCCCGAACGGCCACCAGUGAGUCGACCAACAGCAGCGCCGAAGUGGAAGACAACCAGCCGGCCUCGAAUACAACGUCGUCGACUGAAGCCAACGUCGCAUCCACCAACGGAUUGGCUGGAUUAUUGGCCCGGCGACCUGCCAGACCGACCACCACAACAACUACCACGUCGAGGCCCGUUGAAGAGACAACAACAAUCCGUUUGACUCCUACCAGGACCACUGCCAGCCGAUUCCGUCCAGGAGUCUCAUCUACAACGCCGGAAACUUUGGCGGAAGGCGAAGUCCCUACUCUUCCAGCCCGUACUACUCGACUCUUGAGAAACCGGACGUCGAAUACGCCGGAAGUCAACAGCGUUUCCAUCCAAGCCCAGCAAAUCGGCGAGAGAAUCCGAUCGAGAGGCAGAAGCGUCAGCUCGGGCCUCGCCGUCAACACAUCCACCACCACGAGCAGCACGACCGCUUCCAGUAGCACAGUCUCAACGGUCACGGACGCUACAACAACAACAACAACAACAGAGGUACCAAUCACUUCCACAACUAGCACCAGCGCUCCGCCGACCACCACCACCACCGUCAAGACGGAAGCGGAUGCUGUCAUCGUGUUACAGGCUGAGCAACCAGCAGGUGUAUCGGCCUCUUUAAUCGAAACCACCAGCCCGGCCGCGGUGGAGAUCACGGAUGACUCUUCCAUCACGCUCUUCCCAGAGGGCGCCAUCGUGCUGGGUUUCUCUUCGUCGACGGAAAUCAGCGAGGUCAUCCAGAUCGUUGGAGAAUUGCCACCGCGCUCGUCACGUAACGUCAGCAACGGCAGCAGCAGCAGUAGUAGUAAUAGUAAUAACACGUCGGAAUGAUGGUUAAUUCUGGUGGUACUGAUGGUCGGACUGGUGGCACAUACUUAAGAUAUGCAGAACGUGAACCAAAAAAAAAACCAGGAGAGAGAAAAGGGAAAACGUGGUAGAUGGGAAAACAACAAAAACAAAACCAACAGUACCAUCAGAGUGUGAUUAUUAUGAUUGAUGAUGAUGACGAUGUAAAGCUCUAAUUAUCUUCAAGUGAUUUGUCGGCUGUACAUAUGGGUGUGUAAUAAAAACUUUUUGCGUAUUCUUUCAACCUUCCUUCGAUGCAAAUACAAUUCUGAUAGAAACAACAAAUUGAAAUAACAGCAUUGGCUUUUGACGCUCUUUUUCACUAACACGAGAAUUUUGUUUUCGUCAGUUUCUUUAACCAGUAAUUUUAUACCUCCUUUUCUGUUAUAAUUGAAUGAUUCAAUCGGCUCAACUUGAACGAAAAAGAAAGAAAAAGUUUCGAGCGUUGAUAAAUGGAAUUUUUUUGUUCCCUCCUUUCCUUUUAUUUCCGGCUCAAAAUCACUUUUUUUUUCGCUAAUGAAGUAUAUAGUAUAUUUUAUUAUUUCUUAUAGUUAGAGUAAAUAGUAUGAAUAUACACUGAAUAAUGGAAAAAGAAAAUGUAUAAAAAAUAUACGAGCGUGAUUCGCUAAUUAGAACUUGA